AGGGUCCGUGUACCUUUUGAUCGUCCCUUUUACCGUAAAAACCAGAAAACCAAAACACUCGUUUCUCGUUUUUUGGUUCUAAACGAAAAACGAGAAAACGGCCGCCGACUUCCGUUUUCCCGUUUUGAUUUUUACGGUAAAUGGGACGAUCAAAAGGUACACGGACCCGCCUGCUCAGUUUCUUAUGAUACUGAAGUGUAACGUUAUAAUCCAAAGUACAUCUGAGGCUUCCACUCCAAGUCGCACUUUCUAUAUCGUCUUUGCAUUCGAAGAGAAACCUGCGUCAUUUGAGGGAAAAAUGCAAGAUAAGGAUCUUUUGUACCCAAGUCUUGCCCGAGAGAGGAGCAGGCACAAGAAGAAGAGGCUGGUGCAGAGUCCCAACUCCUACUUCAUGGAUGUUAAAUGCACGGGCUGUUACACCAUCACCACCAUCUUCAGCCAUGCACAGACGGUGGUACCGUGUGCAGGCUGCUCUCUGAUCCUCUGUCAACCAGCAGGGGGGAAAUGCAGACUCACUGAAGGCUGUGCCUUCAGGAAGAAGAAAUCCUGAACAGGAAAUGGUGCUAAACACCCAUGACAGCUGGAAGAAUGGACUACAGGUAGAAGUCCUCCAUCCUUAGACAAAUACAUCUGUAUCUUGAAAAUAUGCAGUGGUAUGUCAUCCCUCCCCCACUGUAGUAUAUUAUACAGUAGAGCGAGAGAGGAGCUAUGUACGCUCCAGAAAAACUUAAAUCAUGAGACAAGACACGCUGUAUGAUUAGAAUGAAUAACGUCAUUGAUCGAUUCGAUGAAGCACUUUCAUGUAGACUAGUUGACUAUGUCCAUCAAUGAUAAAAACACCAUUUGAAUUCCUCAAUAUGCACACAAAGUCCAAUGAGUCAUGGU